CGCCUCAGGAUCCAGCCGGCGCGCCCGCCCCGCUCUGCCCCGCCCCCCGGAGCGCGCUGUGGCGGCAGCAUGGAGGGUGAGAGCACGUCGGCGGUGCUCUCGGGCUUUGUGCUCGGCGCGCUGGCCUUCCAGCACCUCAACACCGACUCGGACACGGAAGGUCUUCUCCUUGGAGAGGUGAAAGGUGAAGCCAAGAAUAGCAUUACUGAUUCCCAGAUGGAUGAUGUUGAAGUUAUUUAUACAAUUGACAUUCAAAAAUAUAUUCCAUGCUAUCAGCUUUUUAGCUUUUAUAAUUCUUCCGGAGAAGUAAAUGAGCAAGCACUGAAGAAAAUAUUAUCAGGUGUCAAAAAGGAGGUUGUGGUUGGUUGGUACAAAUUCCGACGUCAUUCUGACCAAAUCAUGACGUUUAGAGAGAGACUGCUUCACAGAAACUUACAGCAGCAUCUUUCAAGCCAGGAACUUGUUUUUCUGCUGUUAACACCAAGUAUAAUAACAGAAAGCUGUUCUACUCAUCGGCUGGAGCAUGCCUUAUAUAAACCUCAGAAAGGACUUUUUCAUAGGAUACCUUUAGUGGUGGCCAAUCUGGGCAUGUCUGAACAACUGGGUUAUAAAACUGUAUCGGGUUCCUGUACGUCUGCUGGCUUUAGCCGAGCAGUAAAAACACACAGCUCUGAAUUUUUUAAAGAAGAUGGAUCUUUAAAGGAGGUACAUAAGAUAAAUGAAAUGUAUGCUUCUUUACAAGAGGAAUUAAAGAGUAUAUGCAAAAAAGUGGAACACAGUGAGCGAGCAGUAGAAAAACUACUAAAGGAUGUAAACAGAUUAAAACAAGAAAUUAAAAAAAGAAAACAAGCACAGAUUCAAGCAACACAAGAGAAGAAUGUCCAAAAAGACCCUCAGGAGAACAUUUUUCUUUGUGAAGCUUUACGGACUUUUUUUCCAGAUCGUGAAUUUCUUCAUUCAUGUGUGAUCUCCUUGAAAAAUAGGCAUAUUUCUAAAAGUAGCUGUACUACCAACCACCAUCUCAAUGUGGUAGACAACCUGACCUUAAUGGUAGAAUACAGUGACAUUCCUGAAGCUAGUCCAGCUGGUAGUACACUGCUAAUGAUUAAGCGUAAAGCUUUAGAUACAGAUGAUGGAGGAUGGCAAUUCAAGAAGUCACGGCUGAUACAAAACAAACCAUCUAAAACAGAUACUGAUAGUAGUAACCAAGAAAAAGCAUCCACAACGACCAGCCCAGAAACUGAUGAAGAGAUUGAGAAAAUGAAGAGUUCUGGCGAAUAUCCACAGUCUCCUACAUUCUGAUCCUUUUAGGCCAAAGGAGAUUUUUGGUUGGCUGAAGGGUAAAGCAAAACAUUUCUGUUAUUUUUACUAUGUUCAACUAUUUGCAGGAAUACAUAGAUAAGUUCUAGUGCAUUUAUUUUAUAAAGUACUUUAAAAAAUAUCAGAUACUUUUAUUUUAAAACCAAAAUCUUUUUGCCCCUUUUACUAAACUGUUGAGGGAAAAGUUUAAAUAGAUACUCUUUUAAACUUGUAUUCUUUAGAAUUGGAAAAGAGAGAUUAGCUAGCCUUACUUUCACAAUAUAAAGAAGUCUAAAGUUAAUAUGCAAAUUUACUUCCUUUUUAUCUAAGUCGUUAAAAUUCUUACUCCUUAAGUUAUGAUAAAUAGUACAUUAUGGCUAGAGUUGCCAGAUAAAAUGCUGGACACCAUGCAAUAUUAGGGACAUACUUAACAUUAAAAAAUUAUUUGUUUAUCUGAAAUUCAAAUUUAAUUGCAUGUCCUAUACUUUUAUUUGCUAAAUCUCCUAAUUAUGGCACAACUAUAACACAAUACAAAUAGUAACCUUUCCCUAGUUUAGAGUCCUUUACACAAAAUCGAGUGAAUUCAGAAUUUGACUACAGAACAAGCCUGGUAAUGCAGUGUGUUUGAGAUCAGCAAUUGGUCAGUUAGCUGAAAAGGCCAGUUUAAGUGGGACUCAGAAAUGAUACAUACAUAUAUACACACAUAGGAUGUUUAUCACAGAGAUUUCAUUUUAACAUAAAGCACAAGUAUACAUUCACCUGUCAACUUGUUGUAGGGUCAGGAAUGUUUCUGCAAGUGUUAAGUCCAGUGACUGGAGUUCCUAUGUAAAUGACACCCAUUACUUACCCUUUACAAUUCCCAGUUUUAGUUUCUUUAAAGUGAAAGAUUUAAAGAAACUUGCAAAGCAACCUAAGUACAAAAUGCUGAUAGGUUUUUUCAUUUCACAGCACCCUCCCACUCCCAACCUUACUCAAUUGUCCUAACCUAAUGAGGUGAUAGACCUUAUUUGACAACUAUUUUUUUUUAAAUGUAGUUAUCAGCUCUUUCCAGGGCAUUUACUUAGUUUUCAUUGCAACAGUAACUUUCUUUUUAAUGCUCAUACUUCAUCAAUGCAAAAACAAAUACAAGCGACAGAUCUGAGAACAAAAUAGCUGACUCUUGGUAACGCACAACUCAACAGGUUUGGAGAGUCACGGGCUUCAGUAAUUUUUAAGGAAGAUUGUAAAUCCCUAGUUUUAUCUAGUGAGUUGGUUAAGUGGAGGUUGGCAAAGAGAAUUUUUACUGUGUUUUUUCUAUUUGUCUUUUCCACAAUUGUGAGAAUUUUCCAUGAAACAUACACAUCACAUGAAGCCUUCAUGUUUCACUCACUGGAUGAAAUACUGAACACACUUUGCCCAUUGCUCUUCCAUCUGUUACUUCCUAGGUGAUAGAGCAAAUUCACAGCUAGUAUCAAAAACUAUCAUUUACCUGUGUUUUAAAAUGCACUGGUUACCAUGGGGUGCUUAUGAGGCCCACAUAAUACCUGGGAUGAUUUGUGCAGAUAAUGAGUUUCUGCUGGGAUUGUUUUACUGGUUACAUAAGCAUUGUGGUGUUGUGCAGGGCAGAAGGAGGGGAAACAAACUGUCAAUCUGAACCCUAAUUUAAAAAUAACCAUAGCCAUCACCAGAGCAUAUGGAACUUAUCACACAGAACAUAGAUAAUGACUAAAUGUAAACAACAAAGGAACAAAACUGGAUAUAAAGGCUAGACUAGGAACAAAGAAACAACAGCAGGCAGCAUAUGCAAAUGUCUUCUGAAAACAAUAGCUUGAAAUUUUUCAAAGACUGCUUACACACUUAUUCAAACUGAAGUCUUAAAUGGGCCUUCAUACAAAG